CCAUCAGUCAACGUUUUUCAACCCCCCUCACAAAACCGGUCGCUCGAAACGCGCUUAGCAAUUUAAAAUUCAAGUAUAUAGAUUAAAAUCGUUUUUCCUACUUAGCCACCAUGUUUAUCCGCGGGGAUGUGCCGCGUAAUACCCGGGGCAGAAUCCCCCAGAUACCCAGCUCCAUGACUCCCUAUGUGGCGGCAGUGAAGCGUGGACCCUACACGAUGACGCAGCCGGUGUACAAUAGCCCCAAUCCCAACCUGGUGGGCUUGGAUGGCCAGGUGGAGGAGGCCAGGCCCAGGCACACCUUUAAUGUGAAGAAGGAGCAGCUGGCCAAUAACUAUCGCCAUCACCAGCGACUGAUUCCCGUGCCCACCUCACGGAGGGGAAUGCCCAAGAUCCGAUCUCACAUGGUGAUGAAUGAGCAGAGGGAACUGUACCUCCAGCACCGCGCUCGAUUGUCCAACGUCAAGGGCAAGGUCAACACCCAUCUGCCGCCCCCAAAGGUCCAGAUCGAGGGCAAUGGCAUGGAGCUGUCCUACAUGGAGAUGCUCACUGCUCUCUACAAGAAGAGCAAUAAUACCCUACGCACCUUUACCAAAUCCCCGGAGAAAUUGGCAGCUGGAAGAUGGCGCAAUGCCAACUUGGCCAGGGAAAAGGAGCGCCGCCAGCUGGAGAAGAACAAGGAGUUCCACAAGGGCGGCGAGCUCUUCGAUCCGCAGGCGGGUAAAUCCAAGAAGAACAAGCCCAAAUCCUCGGGAUCCUUCAGCUGCGAGAUUCCCCUUCAUGUGCUCCAUCGCUACGAGAAAUUGAUGGACCAAUGCGAUGUGGGCAUGCUCUGCAAGCUGCUGCGCCCGCAGAUCUAUCUGGAUUUGGAGGUGCGGGAGGCCCGCAUCCAGGGCAGGCUGACCAUCCAGCUCUUCACCGAGGCCUGUCCCCAGGUGGUGCUGGAGUUCAUGAGGAUCUGCACUCAGAACAAGAGCAACUCCAUCGUUUUCACCCGAGCUGUGGCCCCCAUCUGGAUGGAGGGACGUCUGGCCAUGGACAAGAACAAUGACUCCGAAGUGACCAACAUAGAGCACGACUUCGAGGUGCUCAACCAUGGCGUGGAUGCCGGCAUCCUAUCCUUUCCCAGUCGCUAUGUCAGGGCAAGCUCCCGGAAAGCGGUCAACUUCACCAUCAGCUUCAAGCCGCUGUCCAUUUUGAACGGCAGGAGGAUCGCCUUCGGGAAGGUUUGCAAGGGGAUGCAGCUGCUGGAGAAGAUUCAGGGAGCCUGUGGACACCUGCCCAUGGGCCACAACAUGAUCGAGCUGACGGAUUGCGGAAUGCUUUAAGAAAGUCAUAAAUUCGCCGUUGAUGGUUGGGAUCUACCACUGAUUCGCUCGAGAAAAGAAUUCCCUAUCAAAGGAAUAUUAGAAAUCCUAAAAAUAAAUUAACUUGUUACACCAAUAAAAUCUGUAAGCUGCUGU